AUGAAAUCCACAUUAUUUAACACUAGUGACACACAUAUCACACAUAAUCAUCAAAACCUGUAGCGAAUGCAAAAUAUUCGUUCUCCUACUGCCGACGUCGGCAGUGGUGCCAUCUUCAGAGUGUCAUGGCGUCAACCAUAGGUAUCGUAAUUUUCACCAGUAUUCGGAUCUCCUGAUUGUCUACUGCCCACAAUCUUACGUCAUAUACCGAUCUUGCCGUUUCGAGUGGUCUAUUUCACAGGAAGGAGGAGGGUUUAAGCGGAGCAAUAUGACUUCUACAAUUAUGCAAGUUUCUCGAACAGGGAGAAAACUAGCGGUGCAGGCGGAGAGAUUAUAUGGGGGAAAAGUAAAAAUAAUAUAUAACGUACAUCAAAUAGCAAGUAUGGCAAACUUUAGAACUGAGAAGGACACCCUUGGUGAAGUGCAAGUGCCGGUUGAUAAGUAUUAUGGCUCACAAACGGUACGAUCAAUCAAAAAUUUUCCCAUUGGCGUGGAAACGGAGAGGAUGCCUUUUCCAAUAAUUACUGCAAUGGGCAUUCUGAAGAAAGCUGCUGCCAUUGUCAAUAAAGAUUAUGGUUUAGAUCCGAAGAUAUCUGAUGCUAUUUCCAAAGCUGCUGAUGAUGUUAUCAGUGGAAAGCUGUACAAUGAUCAUUUUCCUCUUGUGAUAUGGCAGACCGGAUCAGGUACUCAGACAAACAUGAAUACAAAUGAGGUCAUCAGCAAUCGUGCCAUUGAAAUCCUAGGUGGCAAGCUUGGUUCUAAAACCCCUGUCCAUCCAAAUGACCAUGUCAACAAGAGUCAGAGUUCAAAUGAUACUUUUCCCACUGCUAUGCAUAUUGCUGUAGCAUUGGAGGUUCAUAAUACUUUGAUGCCAGGUCUAGAUGUGUUACAGAAAGCUUUGGAAAAUAAAGCAAAAGAAUUUGAAACUAUCAUUAAAAUUGGGAGGACUCAUCUUAUGGAUGCAGUGCCUCUAACAUUAGGUCAAGAGUUUAGUGGUUAUGCAACACAGAUGCAGUAUGGAAUUGAUCGUGUGAAGGAUACGCUACCAAGACUUUACCAGUUGGCUCUGGGUGGAACAGCAGUGGGUACUGGUCUCAAUACCAGGAUUGGGUUUGCUGAGAAGUGUGCUAGCAAGAUCAGUGAACUUACAGGUCUUCCAUUUGUUACUGCUCCAAACAAAUUUGAGGCUUUGGCUGCACAUGACUCAAUGGUAGAAGUUUCUGGUUCACUCAAUACUAUUGCUUGCAGCUUAAUGAAGAUAGGCAAUGAUAUCAGACUCCUUGGAUCAGGACCAAGAUGUGGUCUUGCUGAAAUCAUGUUACCAGAAAAUGAACCUGGAAGCAGUAUCAUGCCAGGCAAGGUGAAUCCAACCCAGUGUGAGGCCAUUACAAUGGUAGCUGCUCAGGUUAUGGGUAAUCAUGUUGCUGUCACUGUUGGUGGCAGUAAUGGACACUUUGAGCUUAAUGUCUUCAAGCCACAAAUGGUUUCAAAUGUUUUGCGUUCAAUACGACUUAUAGGUGACAGUUGUAAGGCAUUCACGGAUAAUUGUGUGUCAGGCAUCAAGGCCAAUGAAGAUAGAAUUUCAAAACUUCUGAAUGAAUCGUUGAUGCUGGUCACAGCCUUGAAUCCACACAUUGGUUAUGACAAGGCUGCUACAAUUGCGAAGACUGCACACAAGGAAGGUACUACACUGAAGGAAGCAGCAUUGAAGCUUGGUCUUGUCUCAGAAGCAGAUUUUGGGAAAUUUGUGAGACCUCAGGAUAUGCUGGGACCCAAGUAAAACAGCCUGAGAAGUCUAAUGCAUAUGCAUAGUACCUGAGGUUUUGCCGUGUUCUGCAAAUUUAAAUUUUCUGCAUACCGACAUGUUUCUUCAGUCAAAAAUACAGGCUGUCUCUCUUUCAUUGCAGAAAUAUAGAGUGCAGUGUUCAAGAUAAAAGAUAACAGUCGCGGUAUUGAUGUUUUCUUCUUCUUCUUUUGCAUUAUUAAAUAAAUAAUUUGAAGGCUGGACAAAUACAGAAUUUAAAGAAAAGUUGUUGUGCAAUUUCAUGUCUGAUAUUUUGCAUUCCAUAAAUUGGUUGUCAUUUUCUUCCUUUAUGCUUUGUGUCUGAUGACAAUAAUAAAUAUGUUAUUAUAGUUUUGUAUAGUGUGUUUGGUAAUGUAAGAGAUAUGAUUGGUGUUAAAUUAUUUAUAUUUCUUACUAAUGUUGCUUAUUAUCUUUUCUCUAUUGUGUCCUGUUAUGAAAUUAGUUUUGCUGGGCUGGCAUUACAACAUACUUAGUAUGAGAGAUUGUUUCUUUAACUAGCCCAUUGAUCUUGGAUUCACAGGCACAGGUGUACUUCAAGGGUCAUAAAGGAAUUCCAGUGUGAAUUUAAUUUAAUCCAUUUUGCUUAAGUAUUGGAUGACUACAGGACAGCCACCUAAAGAAACAGAGAGUAUAAUCUCAGCUGAUUGUGUUGUAUCUUUCACUGCUAUGACAUACGGAGAUAAAAUAUUUGAAUACUGUAUGUCAGAGCACAGUUUAACAAAGAAAACUGUCACUUAAAUAUAAAUAUUUUCUGCCACAUUCAAACAUUUUUAAAUGUACUGUACUCUUAUUUAUGCACACACUGUGAAGAGUGGUGCCAGUUAGAUUGUGUUAGGAAGCACACAGAAGUAAUACUUGGCAACUGAUUGAAAUACUAGUGCCUUGCAGAAAACUGGCAAGAGUAUUUAGCUUAACUACAUUGCGUCUUUAUUGUACAUUUUGUAUUAUGUAGCACUGACGUAAUGGAUGCAUUAUUAUAAAUUUGUUAUAUUGUUGUAUAA